ACAGAAGUCUGUAACUGUCAAAUUAAUCCUGUCAAACGUUCCCAUUUUUCAAAAUUUCCCGUCAAAUGAACAUAAAUUUAAUUUCCCGGGUUUAUUAUGAAUAGUACAGACUAUAUUUUCAAGUACCCGAACUUCUUGGACGACGAAUCGGUACACUAUCGAAGCAAGGAGUACAUUUCCAAGGUUUGCAGGGACAUAAUCGAGGACAUUUUGAAGCAGACCUACGACGAAGAGAACCCGCUGGGUUCUGCACCGUUGAAGUGCAGCAAGGCCUGUCAAACUGAUAAAACUCCUUCAGUGAGAUACAAUUACAACCUAACUGUGAGACAGCAGAUUUUCGAGAAGUUUAUAAGACAAAAUAAUUAGAAGGCUUAAAAUGGUGGAGACCCAAAGAAUCAAGCCAAAAAUUGUGAAAAUCAAUGAAGAAAGUGCUGAUGUUGAUGCUGAUAUUGAGGAUAUGGAGGAAAAUACGUUUGAAAUUGUUGAAUACGAUCAAGAUGACGCAAUAGUACAUUCAGAUAUUGUUGAAGAACCACCUGAGGCACUCAGCGAGAGAUCCAAACUGGAAGACAUCCUAGAAAAUAUGUCCACUACCAUCAACGUAACUGUAGUUGAAUUGGUCAAGUCUAGGUUUGAAACCGAGGAACCUAUUGAUAGGAGUCAAAACCAAAGUUGUUCACUGAGUGAUUAUAACGGAGAAAAUAAUCGAGAAAUUGACUUGAAUGAAUUGCUGACCAAUAUAGAGAAACUAGUUCGUGUAAACAACAAAUUGGUGUGGAUGUUGAAAAUUGUCUUGUUCGUAUUUUGCUUGAAUGCUGCGGUUUUGGUAAAAUCUACAUUGUUUUAAUUUUACGGAUGAUUCGUUGGUGAAAAAAUAAUAAUCACACUGUAUUUGAUCAUACUAUGUUUUUUUUCUUGAAAUAAAAAA